AUGUCAUUCGUCGGUGGAGGAUCAGAAUGUGCUGUUAACAACAACGUUGUUUCACAAUUAAACAAACAUACCCAACAAGAUAGGUCUUUACAACAACAAGCUUCUCAACCACUUGGUGGAGUCAUCCAAAACCAAGGUUUCAAAAGAGACAACUUGAUUAAUGCUAGAGAUAGACAAAAUUUGGAUCAGUUCAUGAAUAAUGCGGCACCUCAAGGAUCGUCAUUUCAAUAUCAACAAAUGAGACAUGAGUUAAACACUAUGCAUCCAUCUCCUCAGCAACAACAGCCAAAUAACUGGUCACAGGAUUUUAAACAACAGUCUAACUCACCAGUGCCACAAGUUGCUUCGCCAAUGAUUAAAAAUGCUGCUCCUGUUAAUACCCAGUGGGCCAAUGAGUUUCAAACUGCUCCACAACAACCACAAACAUUGCAACAACAUCAAAAUCAACAGCAUAACCAACCAUUUUCAAGGUAUGGUGGUGCACCAAUGAUGUCGUAUCGUCCGAUGAUGGGUAGCAGCAUGGGAAUGUCUACUUAUCAGCAACAACAACAGCCUCAAAUGCAGAGACAAAAUCAAGAACAGAAGCAGGACACUGAACAACAAGUUGAUUGGGACGAUCAGUUUAAAAAAAUUGAAGAGCUUUCAGAACAAGCUAAAGAGGAAGCUAAAGUUGCUGAUGAUAAAGACGAUAUAGUCAUUGAUGACAAAUACCAGGCCACGUUCCAAGAAGUGUGGGAUAGUCUCAACUCGGAAUCAUUUGAAAACGAUUUCAUUGAACGACAAUAUGAAGAUUUCAAAAGUACUCAAGGUGAAACUUAUCCUCCAGAUAUGAAUCUUUGGGAAAGAGAUUUUGCCAAAUACGCUACCACGAGGGCUCAUUUUGGUGAUUACAAGUUUGAAGAUGCUAAAAAUAAUCAAUUCUUUGACUUACCAGCUGAUCAAGAUCCAUACCAAAUUGGUAUCCAAUUGAUGGAAAAUGGAGCUAAAUUGUCUGAAGCGGCAUUGGCAUUUGAAGCUGCCAUCCAGAAAGAUCAAAAUCAUGUUGAUGCGUGGUUGAAAUUGGGUGAAGUACAAACUCAAAAUGAAAAGGAGAUUGCUGGUAUAACUGCAUUGGAAAAAUGUCUUGAAUUGCACCCAGAAAAUUCGGAAGCUUUAAUGAAUUUGGCAAUUUCGUACAUUAACGAAGGGUAUGACAAUGCUGCUUUUGCUACAUUGGAAAGAUGGAUUUCCACAAAGUAUCCUCAAGUAGCUGAGCAAGCAAGAAGAGAAAAUCCUGAACUAACUGAUGAAGAUCGUUUCUCAUUGAACAAAAGAGUCACUGAUUUAUUUUUGAAAGCAGCACAAUUAUCACCUGAUGGGGCUAGUAUGGAUUCCGAUGUGCAAAUGGGAUUGGGGGUAUUAUUUUAUGCCAAUGAAGAUUUCGACAAGACAAUUGAUUGUUUUAAAGCUGCACUAACAAUCAGACCUGAUGAUCCAAUCUUGUGGAAUAGAUUGGGCGCAUCCUUGGCCAACUCCAAUAGAUCAGAAGAAGCUGUUGAUGCAUAUUUCAAAGCCUUGCAAUUGAAACCCACAUUUGUACGAGCAAGAUAUAACUUGGGCGUUUCUUGUAUAAAUAUUGGUUGUUACAAGGAAGCUGCUGAACAUCUUUUGUCUGGAUUGUCUAUGCAUCAAGUUGAAGGUGUCGAUUCUGGCUCAUCCUCAUUGAAUCAUAAUCAAUCUACUGCAUUGACUGAAACAUUAAAGAGGGCAUUUAUAUCGAUGGAAAGAAGAGAUUUGGUCGAGUUGGUGAAACCUAAUAUGGAUUUGAAUCAGUUCAGAGGUGAAUUCAACUUUUAA